AUGGACAGUCUUCCCCCCGAGAUCCUAGACCACAUCAUCUCAUGUCUCGACGACACCGACACGGCCACAGACAAGCUGUACGGUGAACCGGCUGACCUGCUGGACGCCUCACUGGCCACCGUGGACAUCAAGAACGCCUCUCUGGUCAACAGCACGUGGCGCAACGCCUGCCGGCGCCGGCUCUUCCAGCACAUCAGGUGGACCAUCCGGCCCGAGGAGUACGAAUACCAGCCGGCUGAAGGGUCAUAUCCGCCGCCGCUGGGCCACGACCUGCACCGCUUCCUCGACAGCAUCGCGACCACCUGGCCGGGUGGCGAGUCGGUCGUGGCCAAUGUGCGCAGCCUGCGCCUCGUUUCGGGCGAGGCAAAGGGCACCUUCUGCAUGAGACGCGACGCCACCGCCAACCUGUGGCCCUCCAUCUUCUCGCGCAUCAACCCGCGCCGCGUCACCGCCAUCGGCGACCCGGCUGCCCUGUCCAUCAUCCUCGGCCUGGGAUAUCUCGAGGGCAGCAGCGCCUGGAUGUUCGACCUCCCCAUCCAGCUCGUCCAGGUGACCAGGCGGAAUGCCGCCUCCACCGACCCGUCGACCAGCUACAGCUGCCGCGGCAUGCCUACCCUCUUCUCCGUCCGCCAGUGGGACAGUCUCCUGCUCAACGAGGGCUCCUUCAUCCCCACCUACGCCACCUACGACUACCACCACCACGUCCAGCCGUCCCUCCUCCACAUGCUCCCCGCAUCCGACGGCAUCGCCUUUGACGACUUCGCCUACGUCUCCGCCUUCCCCACCUCCCCGUACUUCACCGUCGUCUUCCUCCUGCACAUGCCCACCGCCAAGAACAUAUACAUCCAGAUCGUCCCCCGGGAGCUCGACUUCACCCGACGUCUCCCGCCCUCCACCCUCGGUCACCUCGACAUCAGGGACCCCUGGAUGGAGUGCAUCUCCGUCUGGUCCAGCGUGGGAGACAUCAUCUUCCGCGGCGCCGACCUGCGACCUCGCUGGAAGCAUGUCGACACCUUUGAAAUGGGCGCCACCGACCACAUCGAGAACAUAUGGAACGACGUCGAGCACCGUGCCGUCGCUCAGAAGCCAGGGGAGCUCAGGUGGGGCAUUGCCAGGCAGGGUCUUCUUGUCCGUCGGUGA